CUCGAACAUCGACCAGCGAAUUAUCAGAGCUGCAAGUCUUACUUGCCCUCUCUUUUUCACACCCAAAAGAUGUGAACUUCCAAACCUCCAUUUAUAAACACCACACAUCACCAAUGACUCCUGAAAGCAAUGAACAAUGAUUCUACAUCAGUAUCGGGCCCACCGGCAACCUCCCCUCACGUCAGAAGUGGGAGCUCGAGCCGACGACGUCGUUCCAAGACCCCGGCUCAGAGAAGAGCUUACGAGCAAAUGAGAAAGAAAUAUGAGUUGGCAAGUUCGUUGAUGACGAAUCUUGACUUUGCGGUUUAUUGCCAACUCUGCGUGUUGUAUUAUAUGGAGUAUGACAUUCACCCCAAUCUCUAUGAUUCCCGAAGCUAACGUUCUCGAAGCUGCUCAUUCUUUCAACUAUGCAUGCGUGCCCUAACUCAAUUUGUUAUUCUUACGCCAAAGCCGAAGAACGUUAGACAACCUCCCCAAAACUCCUCUCUGGUCAUCAUGUUACUGGGCACGAAUAUUCUUUGUAUAUUUCUACAUCUUUUCCUUGCGCCAUCAGGAUCUAGUGAGGAGAUGAGGGGCUAUCUACAUGGAGGGAUAAUCAUCGACCUUAUUGGCCAGAAAGGUCCUUCAUCGAGGCUGAAACUGGCAGUUUUCGAUUUGCUUGUAUUGACGUUACAGUCUAUAUUAUUUACAAUACACUUGGAUAGAGAGAAGCUUGACAAGUUUCUUACGGUUUAUGGGCAAAAGACUACGGAGGCGCAAAUUCCCCCUUCUACACAAGAUUAUGACGCGGAGGAACGAGGGGUACUAAGAGAUUCUGUUGCGGGGCUGGGGGACAUUGAAAUGCAACAGCUGAAUUCCGCAGGAGCUGCCUCUCGCCCAUAUGUCCAAGAAUCCAUCACUGAAGCGGAGGAGGGAAACGAACGAGAAGGGUUGCUAGCUGAGCCAGUAAAUACAGAGUCGGAUGAUGCACCGUUGGAUAUUUUUUGGACGGGGACGGCUGUUAUAGGAGAGUUUAGUGUUUUAGAUACCCUUCGCAAUCAGUUGGCAGUUUCAGGGACCGCGUCUGGGUCGUUACGGCCACAUGGUUUAUCUGCUAAUGUCGCCGAGCUUACGGCCAGGAAUCCGAGGCUAAAUUUCAUAGCUCGAAGAUUUCAGCGUAACAUGUAAUAAGACAUGAAUGCACGAACAAAAGUUCAGCACAUAGUGUUAAGAAAUGGAUACGUAAUGUAUAUAUAGCAUGUUACUCUACUGAUAAGUGUGGAACAGUU